GCCGAUAAAUCAAACCAAAACAACAACACGUGCGUGCUAUGUAAACUCAACUAUAAACCUUGAAGAUGACAUCUUUAGCAAAGCAAUUAGAAAGGCUUGCUGUACCACAUACACAGACUGUGUUUGGUGAAGAUAAAAGAAAGAAAUCGUUGUUAUUUGAUCCAAAAGAAGCUGCUGGACUAGACAAGGAAACGUUUUUUGGUCUAGGAACUAAUGGACUUGAAGAAUUAGAAACGAUUGAUGAGAGUUUUGAAGAAUUUGAGGAAAAUCUGUUUGCCAAUUCUGCGUUAAGUUUUGAAAGAAGUGUACAGACUAAGGAAGUUAAUGACAAGCUUGAUGAAACAAUCGAUAGAUUUCUGUAUCGUUUAUCUCCAUACUGUCUGCUCAAGCCAGCACACAAAGCAUUAGAAUGGCUUAUAUACAGGUACCAUAUUCACCAGUACAAUGUAGACAGUUUGAUGUUAUGUAUGUUACCGUACAGUGAGAGUAAAAUAUUUGUACGUGUGGUUCAACUUCUCAAACUGAAUUCAAAGCUUGCUACUAAAUGGGAUUGGCUGGAAGAGAUUCAGAAAAGUGGAGUACAUUUAUCAAGGUCAGCAUUAGUUAACCAUUGUAGAACUGAUCCAGGAUUUAUGGCUUUGAUCUGUGAUACAGUGAUCAAAGUUAUCAAGGCACAGGAGUCAGUAGAUGAAACAAUGCCACAAUUAAGGACAUGGUUUGCCUUCUACAUGACCACACUUAUAGGUGUCAUGGAAACAGGUGGCAUUAAGGAAGAGUUUAUUGCCAUGAUAUUGCCACACAUCAGUCAAGGGUUAAAAUCUAGUAUACCUAACUACAAAGCAGCUACUUAUAUGAUGAUAGCAGAAUUGUUUCACAAGGUCACCUUGAAGGAUAAACUUCUGACUACACUGCUGAAUACAAUCUGUAAGUACAUUUCACCACGGUUGUUGACAGAAGCUUUGUCAUGUAUGCUGUUGAUGUUCCAGUCACAGAAUAUAACAGGAUUGUCAAAAAGGGCUUUUAAGAGGCUGUGUAGUCAACCUGCACUGGUAGAAACACUGGUACCUUUAUGUAACCAGUACAAGUCAGACAAGUUCAUACUGGCUUUAUUAGAAAGACUGAUUCCUGCUGCCAUUAAACCAACAAACUGCAUGACCAGUGGCAGUGACAGUAAUGAGUCAGACACAGAAGGAGCGGGUAGUACUGAAUUAAAUGUGGCACUACACAGAAUUCUAUCUGAUGUGACUUUGGAGGAAGGUCAAGAUGAAGUGGUUAUAAGGAAUAUUUUGGAUAAGUUAAUGAAAUAUAGCGGAAAGUUUGAGCGUGAAGAAGCUGUGAAGGAUUUCUGUAACAAAUUCACUGUUACCAUGAGGAUGCUGGAAUCCAAGUACCCCAAGGCAGUUGACAGAAGUAUGGAAGACAUUCUAGAGAAUGCUGAAUCUGACAAGACAAGAGAGUUAAUGGAACAAUUUAUGAAUCAGAUGGUAUUCUCUGUUCAACACCAUCUUGUACCAGAAUCAAGUGCCAGUCUGACAUUGUCACUUAACCAUCGUCUACCAACAGUCAGACAGAAAGCUACUCAGUAUUUAUUGAAAAAUCUAGAGGAGGCACCAGAUGAUGACUUUGUGAAUGAUGUUUUACUAAACCGCCUUAGAGAUGAUGAUGAAAAUGUUGUCAAAGCUGCUUUAGAAUCAGGAUCAAAAAUAUGGGAUUUGGUGACAGAGAAAGAUGAACUGAUGAAAGUAUUAAAACUGUUGUUAGAGAAAGUGAAAACAGAUUCAGGAUGGAAAGAUAUGAUGUUGCCAGUACUAGAAGUUCUCUGCAGCUGUGAAGAAGAUACAGAUGAUCAUCAGAUAUUACUAAUGUUAUUUCCAUUUUUUCUGAUCACUAGUUUGAAAGGAUAUGAACAUGUGGCAUUCAUCCUCAGUUCACCUUUGGCUAAGAGACAUACACUUUUGAAACAUGUUAGCAAAAGUAUACAGAAAACAUCAGGAUCACCUAUCAAAUCACCAAAAUCUCCAAGGAAGAAGAAGGUUGAAUACAAAGAAGAUGAUAAUCUUGCAGAAAAUAUGAUUGACAGUUUUGGACAUGGAUUGAUGGCUUGUACUGAACAGCAGAGAGAUAAUAUGAUUCUUGAAUGGAUAAGUGCAGACUUAGACAGCAGAGGGCAGUGUUUUAUACUUCUGAUACUAGACAAGUUAUUAUCUUUGGUGAAAACCCAGAAGGAAAAGGCCUUUAUCUGUCUACAGAUAAUAAACAUGAUAAAGAAACUAGAGAUCGAGGGAGUUGGAGAAAUAACUACAAUCAGCAAAGCUAUAGAAACCACUUGUAAUCAGAUAUUUGAAGGAAAUACGAUUAGUUUCACACUUGUGCUGUCUGUCUUAAACAGGAUGAUGACAGCCAUUACCUUACCUAAAAAGCUCAAGGACGUUAAUUACUGGUAUUACCAUGGCAAUACAAAUGCAGAAGAUCAGAUUCUUGUUGUGUUAGUAGAAAUGUUUGAUUAUGUAUUAGACAAAGCGACCCAGGCUUUAACUUGUGCAGAGUCGUUCAGAGAUUUAUUUAAAGAGACAGUGGAGGUUGUUUUCCCAGAUUUAAGCCUACUCUUUAGAUUCCUAGGUCUACUUUGGACCCAGCAUUGUAACACCACUGAAACAAAGCUUGAAGUCUCACUACCAUUACAAGCCAGAGCAUUACAGAUUGGUAAAAUACACCUCCAGGGAUUGAGAGCUGAUAGUUUUACAGAAACUGACUGGACUACAGCAAUACUUAAUUUAUUACUGACAACAAGUAGUUCUAACAAGUCCAUUCGUGAGAUGUCUGUGCAGUGUCUACAGAUCGUUCAGAGCAAGAUGGAGGAGUCAGCCUUCAGUCCUGUCAUCAAGAAAGUGCUCAGAUGUCUACCAGAAAUUGUGGCUGACCCUGAAUUCAUUGAAUCUGUGAUGAAAGCAGUUUUCAAAUCUAUGGAUGAAGAAAAGGAGAAAACACCCAAGAAGAAGAGACAGUCUUUAACACAAUCCAACAAAGAAGAAGCUCUGACAAUGCUCCUUGAUGUUAUAAGUGAUAAAUCUACCCCUCACUUCAUACAGAAAUCUUUGUUGGAGUUGAUUAAGCAUUGUCAUAGCAGGGGUAGGUGUGAAGCUCUAACAAUGAUCCUAGAUGUUAUAAGUGAUAAAUCUACCCCUCACUUCAUACAGAAAUCUUUGUUGGAGUUGAUUAAGCAUUGUCAUAGCAGGAAAAUUCUGACAUCUUUGUUACCUAAGUUACAGCAAGAUUUGAAGGCACUGGAAGAUGGAAAUAAAUCGAGGGUAUUAUUUGACUGUUGUAAGAUGAUUUUGGAGAGAUUUUACCCUGAGUUUGGAGAGGUCAUAGACUCUGAUGGAAUCCCCGUGUUAAUGGCUGCCUUGAAAUCUGCUGUGUGUAUAGAUGAUAAAGCAGAUACUAUUCAACAAUUUACUAUUUAUAUGAUAACAAAAGAUUUGUAUACAUCCCUGCAAAUGGAAUCACAGAAGAGAAUUCUAUCAACUCUAUAUUCCCUGUGGACAGAGUCAGAGAAUCCCUAUGUUCCCUCUUCUAUUAGGAAAAUUCUUAGACAUCUUCCACUAGAUGGUAGCCAUGUUGCUGAUGAGUUGGAACAGUGUCUAAGUGUAUCAAAUGUUGGAACCCUAAGGGAAGCUAAAAGGAAGAAAAGCAGGCCAUCAGAGAUAGUCAAACCAAAGGAAGAUGAGUUCGAGAGUUUGUCAUGGCAACGAGUAACUGUGAUCUUAGAAUCUGUGCAAGAGAAGAAGAAGUUGGAUAAUUAUCAUGUCCUUCUGCCAGUCUGCUUCAACCUUAUGUCUAGGAUAUUGGAAUCAGAUGAUCACUCAUCUGGAGAAUACAUCAAACAAUUGAUACUGGCAUUAAUCCACCAUGUAUGUAGUAAAGUGGAUGUGGAUCAGACACAAAAACUAAUACCAGAACAAACUUUUAACAUGGAAUUGAUUGUACAGUGUGUAAGAAGUUCUGACAAUCCACAGACACAUCAUCAAGCAUUACUGGUUCUAACUGUAGCUGCAGAACUUUACCCUGAGAAACUGCUACACAAUAUCAUGUCUGUGUUUACCUUCAUGGGAGAUACUAUACUGAAACAGGAUGAUGCUUACAGCUUCCAUAUCAUCAGUAGAAUACUAGAGACAGUUAUACCAGCCUUAGUUACUGCAUGUGGACAAAGAAAAAGGGUACACAGGACUGUAUCUAACAAAGCAGAAGAUGUCAUCACCAUGGUGAUUCGUGUAUUUGUUGAUGCCUUCCCACAUAUACCCAAUCACCGUCGUCUGAUGUUGUUUACAAAACUAGUAUCCAUAGAGGGUGAUGUAUCUUAUCUGUGGAGAACAUUGUUACUAAUGACAGAACAAGUGGUCAGUAAAGGACCUGUAGGGGACAAUGAGGAUGAAAGCUCAGAAAAGAUUGACUCUGCACCAGACAGGGAGUUCAGACUAAAUCUGUGCAGCCAUUUUACUCUGCCUGUACAACUGUCGGCUGCCACAGAUAUUAUUGAAUACAUAAUGAAGCUUCCAGAUGAUAAAGACAUGGAGUCUUCAGCAAAGACAGUAUCUCUUCCCAAAUCUCUGGGACAACUUAAGAAAGAUGAUGUAGAACUGUUUAAUGUACAGUUUCAUUCAGCCAAACAACUGAGACACUUUAGAUAUGAAUCUUUACAGCUGCUGAUCUCUCUCUUCACAAAUUCAACUUUCCUAUCACAGGUAUCAAGAGAAUUAAAUGAAGAUUUACAGCAGGAUUUCCAGAAGUUAUUAGAAGUAAUUAUGGGUUGUUUGGCUCAGCUAUCUAAAUCUGUAGAGAAACAUUCAGAUAAACCAACUGUAAAAUUCUGGAGAGCUUUGUUUCAUAAGAUCUGUGAACUCUUAGAUAAGGUGGUAACAAUUUUACCUGAGAAAUUAUAUCUCCAAGUGGUGUUUGGACUGAUGGCUCAUGAACUGUCACAUGUGAAGAGAAAAGCCAUGGAGCUACUGAAUGGUCGAUUACAUCAACAGAAAACAGAAUUUACAGGAGAGGAGGAAGCCCUAUUACUCCCUCUGGUGGACCAGUUAUGUGAAGUGGUUACCACAACAACGUUGACAGGAGAGAUAACUGAGGAAAGUGCAGUAAAUGGACAAUCAGCUUUCUACAGUCUCAAGUUAAUGAGUCGACAUCUAGGUCACAAAAAUCAUCACACCUUUACUAAGGUUUUAAAGCUAGCCAUAAAGGUGUUCAAGAAGAGAUCAGAUAACUUACAAGUAGCAGGCUGUGCUUUGUUGUGUGUAGCAGAGUUAUGUCACAGUCUCAAAGCUCAUGCUAUUCCCCAUUUGUCAGAGUUUAUGCCCUUGGUCCUUAAAGAAAUGAAGAAUGAAGAAAGGCUAACCAGUAAUGACCUGUAUAUGUUGAGUAUAGUGACAGCCAUACAGAAAGUUGUGGAGAACUUAUCUCUCUUCCUUAGUCCUUAUCUGGAAGACAUUUUAUUCCAUAUUUGUAAUUUAUCAUCAGACAGUUUAAAUGAUGAAGCAUUGCAGAAGCCACAGUUACAACUCAGACUGAAGUCCAUCAGACAUACAUUAGCCACAACCCUGCCACCCAGAGUUUUACUUCCUACUGUGGCAUCAUGCUAUCAUAGACUGGAAAAGGAAGAGAAAUUGUCCAGUAUAUGUUCUGUGAUGUCCGUAUUAGAGGAGCAUAUACAGUCCAUGUCAAAGGAAGAUUUAACAGCACACAUACAAGACUUACAGAAAUUCUUCUUAGAUGGUCUUAACUUCAGGUUCCUUUACUGUGAGAAUCCAGAGAAGCAGAUUUCUGCAGUAGAAGGCAGUAUUAUAGAAACUUUUAUCACCAUGGUGAUGAAGCUGUCAGAAUCUACUUUCAGACCACUUCUCUUUAAGUUAUAUGACUGGGCAAGUAGAGAUGAAGAAACCAAAUACAGAGUAAUGGUGUUCUACAGACUGGCUGAUAGAUUGGCAGAGAAAUUGAGAAGUUUGUUUACAUUAUUUGCCAGUCAUAUAGUUCAGCAUGCUGCAAGCAUAAUAGAGAAAAAUAACAUUUCUAAAACAGAAGAACCAUAUUUUUGUAAAGGAAACAGAGGAAGGAGAUUGUCCAAUCAGCUUCUUUGUUACAUAUUUGAUUGUUUGUACAAGUGUUUCUUGUAUGAUACAGAAGGAUUUGUUACAAAGGAGAGAUUUGACAGUUUAAUGCAGCCAAUGGUUGAUCAGAUUGAGAAUUUCCAACUUAAAGAUAAACAUUAUGAGAAGAGAAUAACAGACCAUCUGGUUCCCUGUAUAGUACAGUUUGCUGUUUCUUCUCAAGAUGAUUCUUUAUGGAAGAGCAUAAGUUAUCAGAUUCUAUUGAAAACUAGGCAUGAUACCUCAAAGGUGAGGUAUGCAGCUUUGCAGUGUAUUGAUGCAUUCCAUCAGAAGUUAGGUGAAGACUUCAUGCCAUUAUUGCCAGAGGCCAUACCAUUCUUAGCAGAGUUAAUGGAAGAUGAUAGCGAAGAGGUAGAAAAGAAAUGCCAGUCUGUGAUAGCUGAAAUGGAAAAGACAUUAGGAGAACCUCUCAAGAAAUAUUUUUAAAUAAAGAUUUUAUUUCAAAUCAUA